AUGUCUGAAAUUAAGGAGAGGAAAAAAGGUAGUUCUUCAUCCAAGACCAAUGAAGGUUUACAAAAUGUUGAGAAGCACACUAAUUGUGGGAAGCGGGGAAGUACCAGAACCAGGAAUAAUCGGAGUUCUUUUUGGCUGGACUCAAGAACUGCUUUGAGUAUAAUGUCAGUUGCCUUUUGCCAGAUGCUGACCUGGUUCCUAUAUCAGCAGUCAGGUCAAAUUGCUGAUAUGGAAAAAAAGUACAAUUUCUUACAGCAAGAAAAUGAAAAAUUCUUGAAUAUGGAAAAUAAACUUAACUUCAUUUCUGAAAAGCUUGAGUCUUCUGAAAGUGUCCUUCGAGAAGCUGCCUCAUCCCCCUCUGUGAUGACUGAGUUUGAGCAGGAAAUAUCUUCUCUUCGUAACUUAAUAAAUGAUGUUCAGAACAAUCAACAGAUCCUCUCUAGAAAGAUGCAGAGCAUUAAUGAGAAGGUCGAAAAUGUUACAAAUUCCUGGAGAAGAAGUGUGGAUGAAAUGAAUACAAACACUAGUGGUUUAAAAUCUGAAGUGAAGUUCAUACAUGCAGAAGUUACUUCCCAAAUUAAUGAAGUUGACCAAAGAAUUAAAUCCCUUUCAGAAAGAGUAAGAGAUUUGGAAGACAGUACAGACAGAAAUACUAGAACACUAAAAAGGCAAGAAAGUGAUGAAUUCUCUAGAAUUGAACAGAAGUUGGACUUGCAUGCAAAGGCAGUUGAAAAGCUAGAAGAAGAACAGAAUAGUCUAGUAGCCAAGGAUACAGACCUGAAUCAGAAACUUGCAAACUAUGAACCUAAACUUGAAGAGUGCAAGACCCAUUUGCCAACAAUUGAAAAUGCUAUUCACUCUAUUCUGAGAUUAUCAAGUGAAUUGCUAAGUAUGGAGAAAAAGAUAGAGGACUUGACAACACAGCUACGUAGUGUGGAAAAGGAUAUGUUGAAAACUGUUUCUGUUACAGUAGCGAUGCAGAAGGUUUUUGAAAGCAUGCAGUACAAUGACAGCAUCUUGAAAGUGCAGAAUGAAGUAGUUUUGGAAGAAGUAGUGCAUGAUCUAGAAGUAUCUUCAACAGCACAAGAAAUAACUUUAGAGAACUACAACUUAGAAAAUGACCAGAAUUGA